AUGUUGUCACAGAUCUCCAAAAUUAUACUGCAAAUUCAAGUUCCCGAGAAUUCUUCAUAUCAUCAAGCGGAAGCUGCCAAGAAGCAAGUGGACGCCAGGCUGGAAGAAUGCCAACGAAAGGCUUCGGCCUUUUGUAAUCACCUAGCCACUAAGAACAACACAUUUGGAAAUAGCGACACAAUUAAACAAUUUAAUGAUAAGUUGCGUGAUAGAGUGUUACAUGUUCGUGGCACGAUAGAGUAUGAGAAGGAGCGGCUUCAAAAGUUGCAUAAGCAGCGGGGGGAGGAGUUGAAGCAGACGACGGAGAAGAUUAAGAGCGUGUUGAAAGAGCGUGAGACGGAGGUAAAUGCGCACAUUUGUAGAGAAGUAACUGCGGUUGUGCGGGAGGUGAAGAAAUACGUGCAGUCGAUUUUAGAGCAGCUUACGAAAAUUAAUAGCAGUCUCCAGGAGUAUGCUAGAAAAUUGCAGGAAUGGAUUGAGCAGUCCGAUAAAUUAAUUGACGACACGCAGGGGAGUGUUAAAAAUAUAAUUGGCAAGACUACGGAUAAUGUCACGGGUAUGACGUAUCGUUUUGAAGAGGAUGCGAAAGAGGUGGAUAAAAGGAAAAAAGAUCUUGAAGGUCUCAUAAGACAUGUGAAGGAGCAACUUAAAAAGAAAGUCACCGAAGCCCUCGAGGCCGUGAAAGCGAUGGACGGCGAGCUGAAGCAGGAUUUGUUUGGGGUGAGGGAGGCGAUAAAAAGUAAGGUGGAGGGGAUUAAGGAGAAGAUUAAGAAGCUUGGGGAGAAUUUUGGUAGUGAUAUUGCCACCUCGGCGUCGGGAAACCGUGGUAAAGAAAUCGUACAAAUUGUUUUCGAGAAAUUUAGAGAUACGUUUGGUGAAAUUAAGGGGACAACGCACAAACCAGGUCUCGAAAAAGUUGAAGCUGGAGUGAGGGGUUACGCUUGGGAGUUCAAAGAGGGUGAUACAUUUACGAAAAUAGUGCAGGGCUGGUUAGAAGAUAAUAUUUUGGGCAAACAUAAGCUCGUGGAGAAGUGCCUUAAAAAUUAUGUGGAUGGUAAGGGUGCCGCGAAACCAACUGCGUACAACGCAGCAAGUGAGAUGUAUGAGCCGAUUAGAACAGCCUUUGCGACAACGCUUAAAGCAGACGCGAAUCAAAUUAUUAAGAAGGCCGUUGAUGCGUUUACUACUGCCAAAGUUGAGACCGAAGACGGCGAUAUAACCCAAAAUAUUAAAAAGGUCCAGAAUGUAUGCAAACAAUUCGCACAGGAGCUUGAUAAUGCUCGUGCAAACGAAGUUGGAGAUAUUGUCCAGGAGAUUGAGCGCAUUCUCACGGAACAGAACAAACUCAACAAGUCUCCCGCCAAUUUCUAUAGGUAUCAUCUCAAUGAUGCCGUCGAAGCAAUUUUGGUCGCGCUCAGCACUACCGCAAGGGAAGCGGCGAAAACGCUUGAGCAAUUCGCCCUCACGGUCAGGCCGUCAGGCACCGGCAGCAUCGCAGCCAAAAUAGAUGCUGUUAACAAGAAAGCUGACGAUCUAUUCAAUAAGCUUAAAACAGCGCUAGGCCGACCACCUACCGGCGGCCAGACGGAAAACCACGCCCAAGCCGUCGACGCAGCGAUCCAGCAGGUGGGCACAGAGCUCGACGCGCAGUUGCCUGCCGAAAAAUCUGAUAAGGCAGAGACACAUGUAAAACUUAAGGAUGUUGCAAACUUUAACCAAUAUAAUGAUCACGUCAAACAAGAAAACAUUGACAGCAUCACGGAGAGUAACAUCGAACAGCUUGCAGGCGCCCUACCAAACGCGAUCAAGGGGAUUGGCACCGAAGCUGCGGGUAUCUACGCCGAUCACAUAACAACCGGUCUGCAAACUGUUUCUAGCAAUAUCACACAGCACCUCGAAGAACUCAAAGAAGCCAUAACACAAACCACCAACGCUGUGCAGCGCCAACUGACUGAUCUGAGAGACACGAAGAUCAGCAUGAAACAGGUCAAGGAUGAUAGCCUUCAAAGGCUUCAACAGCUAUUCAGCAAUGUUCAAAAGGAACUCCAGGAAGGACCCCUCAAGGAGGCCAAAAGAUAUCUUUCGCACGUAGAUCACUCCGGUACUGCUACAAUCAACCUGCUGGGAACCCAUGUCAAAAAAGAGUUAGAAACCGCGCGGGAAGCUCUUACAACCCAUGCGACGAGACAGUACGUUAACGCCUUAAAAACGCUGCUCACCGAGUUCGCCGAUAAGGCUGAGAAGGAGUUGGACAAAUUGCCUCAAGAAAUUACAGACGAUUUGGACGUCGGUUACAAGGGAUUUAUGAAGAAGAUGCAAGAGCACUUUAUGGGUAGAGUGGAACAAAUUAAAACAAUAAAUCCUGAUGAGUUUACAACUGAAAAUUCGCCACUCAGCCAAGCAUCUAAGACAUUAAAGGGCGCGUUGAAUUUGUUUGUCAUCAAGUUGCAAGGUCAAGAAAACUUCAAGGCAGACUUCAGCCAAAUUAGGCCUUCGUAUACCUCUCUGACCAACUUACUCACCAACCUCGAGACAUCCAAGCACUUCGACCACACGUUCUCUCAAAAUUUAGAGUCACUCCACAGUGCUCUCGGCAAAUUCAAACCCUCCACAUACGGCAAAGCCAAGAGCCCUUUGCUACUAAACGCGCUGAAAAAAGGCUUUUCCUCCCUGGCCUCCGAACUCCAGAAUGCGUACGUCUCGACAUACUCCCAGAAGACUAUUAAGUGGGAUGACAUCAGUCAGCCAGAGAAAGAAAAGUAUGCUAAAAUAUGUCUCACUGUAACACCAAUCUUACAUAACACGUUGGAGGAGCUCAAACAAGAGCUUGAGAAUUCCGAAAAGUCGUGGAAAUCACAUGUUAUAUACAAUCCUAAUAAUGUAGAUUCUAGCUUACAUAAAUUAUUCUUCCGUGACCACGGUUACGAUCCAAAUCUUCCAGAUGAUACAGCACACGGCGAGUUGAACCACAAGCCAGAGUGCAACGGUUCCCGUAUACUUAGCCAUCUCACCAAACAAGCGCCUGCGCUGUUUGCUGCCGGGGAGGCCGCUGACGCCUCGGCUCUCCGUACUGCAGAUUCUCCUGAGUUGACCGUAGAGACUGUCACGGAGGACGGUGUAAUUCAAACCCUUUACUCAUGUUUGCACGAUUACUUCGAAGUCUGCCACCAUAUACAUAUUGACUCACCCAGAGUUCCAUGUUCCAUCUACGAAAUGCUUGCGUGGUGUACCGGUUUCCAGUUCAAUCCUGUAUUUGACAAAUUUAAGAAGCACAUUGAGUCUGAGUUCACGGUGGCAGAUAAAACUAAUCCGUCCAUCAAAACCGUGGUAGCCAUUGAAGCGUAUCCGUCAGACGUGACUGCACCUAUAACAGUAAAAGCCUUGACAGACGUGUGUGAGAAGGCGUAUCCCGUGCUCACCUCGAUACUGGGUAAUGGGCACGCAGGCGGUGUCUACGCCGUUGAGUUCUCGAACAAUUCACUGAAGCUGUACUACCCUAGUUCCAUGGUACAAUUGCUGUGUAUGUUGUUUGAUGUUAUCAAACGCCUCCACGAACAGCUUCACUUUCUAUAUCGGCAAUGUUGGUAUAGAGCUGACCACAGUGGCUGGCGCGAUUGUCAUUACGGGAAGCACAUUGCAGGUUCCAGUUGGCAGUGCAACAGCUUACAGUGUGCCAACCAAGUAGGCAACCAAAUGGGUAACCAAACCUGUACCCAAACGUGCAACCAACACCCUAUGUGCGGACUCAAAUCGCCACUCCAAUCGUUCCUCGAGGACGGCCUGGUAGGCUUCUUGCCGCACACCUUGACUUCAUCAAACGGCAAGCUCAACUGCUUAGUCAAAUCCCAUACCAACGUGCCGUGCAGAACGCCAAUGGGCUUUGCUGAUAUCAGCCAAAUAGCGUCGCAUAUAAAAACUGGCAAAUAUCUGAGAGACACUCUCGCCGAUUUCUGCGGUGAUUCAACUGCGUGUCUCACUCAACUAUGUUGCCUACUCAACUGUUUGCUUCCCAGCGCUCCCCAAACUCUGGGUCAGAUGUUUGGUUUCUUCUAUAAUUUGUUUGAUGACUGGGGCCACAGCGGUGAGGAACUUAAGAAGCACAGGGAAACCGCAUUUGCCGACGCCGUGAAUGACGCGUAUUUCAAGGACACGUAUGAUCUCCGUGAAGUUGCGAAUAUGUUUGGAUCUACACAACACGUGAAUCACUAUUCAUCAACGCAACGUGAUUCAAGUCACGACUCCGGUGACCUAUAUUCCUUAGUGAGCUUUGACGAAGCAUGUUACACAAAGGACCAUAAAUGCGGAGCGUAUAUGCGAUCAGUGUACCAUGACAUGUACGGGACGUUUGCAUCUAAGCAUAAGGCACUGUACCUAAGGUGGGUGCUUUACCUAACUGAAGCAUUUUAUCAGUUGCUCAAAAAAUUGUUGGAAGAAUGUGAGCAACAAUGCGGCUCGGGAAAUUCUAAAUGCCGUGUAACUGGUUGCACCGAAAAAAUAUGCGACGUAGCCAAAGCGUCAUAUAAGGGAGCCAAACAACACAAUGGACUGUGUCAGUCUGUCGUACAGUGUCCAAAGACACUAUCAACAUUAUAUACCAGCGGUCUCACCUUUGACUAUCGCAAAUAUUUGAAUGGAUACAUUGGAGAGCAUUAUGUUCCGAAAAAAACGUGUAAGGAUUUAGUUGCGCAACUAAGCAAAGUAUGCCAUGGCAAGUCGAUUCUUUCCAAAUUGGUCAAUAUCACAAUUCCUGAAUUCUUGUUCAAAAUUCGUGAACCUUUCAUCUGGACAUUACUAGGGCUAUGGGCAUUUUCUUUGCUCUACCUGCUGCACAUCGCCGUCGUCCGCCUCGACGUCCUGAGGAUACGCUCCCACCUAAAAUCACCCUCAAGCCACCGCAUCGCCGCGCAGUCCCUCCUCGCCGCCGCACGCGUCAAGGCACUCGCCAACGUCAAGUACUUCUCACCAUAA